AUGAGGGACAAACUGGACCAGUAUCGGGAGGAGGCGGUAGAGAACUUGCGAGAAGCUCAGAGGAAGCAGAAGCGGUGGUGCGGUGAGUUUGGCGUGGUGGUGGUCCAGUCGGCGCUGUAUGGCCGUGCAGACUCUCACACUUGCAGUGAGGGGAGACCUGUGCAGGAGCUUACUGACACACUCUGCUCUCAGGCCGGGGCCCAGCAGCUCAUCAAGACCCGCUGCGAUGGAAAGAGUGAGUGUGAGCUGAACACAGAUUUCUUCCGUUCCUCUGACCUGUGUUUUGGGACAUACAAAUACGUGGAUACCAACUACACCUGCUUCCCUGCACAUAAAGUUGUGGCCUGUGAACACUCGCUGGCUCAACUCCACUGUGAUGAAGGUCAGGUGAUCUUUGUCUACGGAGCAGACUACGGGCGGCGCGACUCAGUGACCUGUGCCUACAAACGCCCAGGGUCCCAGGUCCGGAACACAGACUGCUACAACUCCGUUGUGGCAGUGGCUCAGAGGUAA